UGCAAGAAGUACAGCCCGAAAAUGAGCCUACUACAAAUUCCGCCACGACUGCUUGCGUGUUUGUAUGAAUCGGGAGCAGAGGCAUGAUGAUAGGUCUGUGUCAUGGUGCAUAUAACCCGUGGCAUUUCGUCAGCACAAUGCGUAACGAUGGAUUAGAAGGGCAGAAUAGACACGCAAGACUUACACUUUCUUAGACAUCAAACAAGAAAUAUGGCCUCGACUUCGGCGUCUUCCAGGAGUCGGGCGAGCACUCUUGGUGCUGACGGUUCAAUACCGAACCUAUCCGAAGCUGUCGCUGUAGACACGACUUCAGCGGGAACGAUAACAGGAACCGCAGUUACUGCUACACCAACUACGUCCUCGCCGGGCGCCACUGGUGGUCCACGGCCCGUCCUCAGCGCGGUCGAGCCCGAUGAUGGUACGUUGAAAUGCUGGACGGUAUGUCUGCCGUUUUCCGGGCGGGGCCACUGGCAAGACUUGAUUCGCCGCGUCGCGAACGAAAUUGGGCUCCUGGUCACCGAAAAAGUGCGCAACAACUCUAUCUGCCUGGUGAUGCAGAGCUACGAAUGGCUCGAGCAGCUACCGCAGGUGUUUCAAAAGUCAAAUUGUUGGCUUUCGCGGUACCCGGGAAUGGGCGACCUGUGCGAAAAGUGCAACCAAACCCGGUGGCUGCGCCGGGUGGAGCAAUUGCUAAAGGGGCCGGAGGACAAGAUAGAAGGGAAAGCUGCAGCGGCCACGACCUCCUCGAAGAACUCAGGUGCAGAGUACUAUGAGGACGAAGAUGACGACGAACAGGAUCAGGAAAAUGGUACUAGCGCAGAAGGAGCUCUCGCUGGAAAUAGAGACAGCACAUUCGUUCUGUCCAGCGCUACUACAGCACCUUUCGCGUUGCAGAAGUUCAUUCCCAAAUCAUACGUUUGGCCGGAAGAUGGAGAGCAGAUCCAGCGGGUUUUAAAUAAGAAAAAGACUUUGAUCGUCAAGCCGGAAGACGGCUCGCAGGGCGAUGGCAUCUUCCUGAUCGAUAAAUUUCGCGACUUGGAACUGAAGGCGUCAAACUGCAAGGCUGCGGUGGUGCAGUCGUAUGUGAAAAGUCCUUUGCUUCUCAACGGUUUCAAAUUUGAUCUCCGGGUGUACGCGAUCGUGGUCGGGUAUGGGAGUGUCAGGAUCGAAAUCGACAAAAUCUGCUAACUUGUGAUGCAUAAAAUGCAUGACUCGAAAUACGUGUGUUGCAGAGCAGGCAAGUGAGGCCGACUGUAAGCCUGUUUGGGGUUACUUAUAGCACGAGCUGCUAAAGCAGCAUGAGAGAAUCAGUCUUCUUUGCCUAAACAGCAUUAAGGCACCACCAAAAUUUGUCAUGCGCCACUUAGAAAGUGGGUUCGAACUGGAAUCCAUUUUAUGCAUGACAAAAUAUUUCAAUUUUGUCGAUUUCGAUCCUGACACUUCCAUAUCGGGGGUCUGUUUGGGGAAGAAGUAAAACCGAGAGUCUUCCUGUGCAAGGACGGCCUGGGCCGGUUUUGCACGGAAAAGUACGAGAAACCGAACGCAAAAAACAUGACGAACAGCCAGAAGCACCUGACGAAUUACUCGAUUCAAAAGCGGCAAGCCGGCUACGUGCGAGAGGGAGAUGUGCUUGUCACGACCACGGAGAGUGCUUUAGUAGUAGUACCGGUUUCGCGUGCCGCUGCAGCUGCACCUGCGAAGGACGAUAGAGCCUCUAUGUCACCGAGAAGUCGAAUUUCCCAUUCCCCUGCGGAGCACAAGCAAACUGUCGUCGACGAGGUAGUUCAUAAUGCGGGUAGUACUUGUCCACCGGAUGCCAGCAGAGCUGUCGGUCAUACAACUGACGAAGCAGGGUCUGCAGCUGCCGAGGAACCCCAGGAGGUCAAGACAUCUUCCGAACGAGAGGCAACGAAGCGGUCCUUGGAGAUAACACUCGAGCAGCUGGCCGAGGAGUAUCCCGAUACGUUCGACGAAGAGGAGUUUUGGGAACAACUUUCCGAAGUGGUUUCCCAAUGGGUCACAGUGAUGACGCCAGUGCUGUUGGCGUCCGCGAGGCCGUUUGAAAUGGUGCAAGAGGCUGCGGGACGAGGACCAGGGGCAGUAGGACGGGAAGACAGUAAGAACUCGUCUUCUUCUUGUCGCUGUCUUCAAAUACUUGGAUUCGACGUGCUCCUUGAUCAGAAAAUGAAAAUGCACCUGCUGGAAGUGAACAACAGUCCGAGCUUGUCAAUCGACGAGGUCAUUCCGAUAGCGACAGAAAUCACCAACGCUGGUGCAGCGGCCGGUGCAGUUGUAGAGCAGAGCGUUGUGAAGGUGAAGCCGUGUCGGUGCAUGGAGCACCAUCUCCCACACACGCAUCACGAGGGGCCUGUGGACUAA